AUCCAAGGCAGCCAAUGGUGUGAUGAUCCGAGGCACCCCAUGUAGAUAUCAAGGCUAUUAAUACAAGAGAAGAUGGUGUAAUAAUAGUAGAGUAUUAACUACUAAAGUCUAUACUAUUACUCAAUUAUAAUACUACUACUAUCAGAAUCUAUACUAUCAUCAAUUCUAUCACAAUCAAUUCCAUUACAAUCCAUUAUCAGUAUAUACCUUCCCACAUUCUCAUAACCCGUCUCGAACAUUGGCACACCCACAUUUGAUCAAAUCAUCCACAUUUCAAAUCUCAACAAGUACAUCCACAACCACUACAACCACAACAAGCCAACACACAGCUAAUGGACCAUUGACAAUGUCCAUAAUCCACUCUGACAACAUCAUCAACUCUCUCAUCGACCAACAAUCAUCCACAACAGCUUCAGCUGAUAACAAUACCCAAGAGGACACUUUGAACCAUUAUAACCCUCUUCAUCAAUAUGACCAAAACAUUUAUGACCUACUGCUUCAGAAAGAGAACAACCAAGAUAUAGACAAACUAGAAGCUCUAUCCAAUGAUAACCUUCAUCUAUUCAACUACAAAUUCAAUCAAUCAACAACCCUCAACAGUAAUAACACCACCACUUCAUCACAAAUCUACACAAUAAACCCAAAACAACUGAAUCCCAAGAUAAACUCUUCAACUUCUUCAAUCACUUCUUCAAACGACCAUGCCUUGCUAUUUGAUGAUUCAAACUCAAUCUCUUCUGAAUCUGACCCUUUAUCCUCUUCAACUCAUUCAUCAACUUCUUCAACACCUUCAACAAACUUUAAACAAAAUAACUGGUCAAUGAAUGAUGAAUUCAAAGAUGCAAUAGCAACAUGGAUCUCUCAAAACAACAACAACAACAACAAUUCUUCCAAAAAUAAAACAUCAAAAUCAAAUUCCAUCUCCUCCACAAUCCCAAAAUUCCAAAAAACUUCAUUAACGAAAAGAAGAAAAUCAGACUCACUAGUCUCUUCAACUUCUUUCCUUUCACUAGAUCCACAACCAACAUCAUCAUCACAUCCACAUCCACAUCAUCCACAACAACAACCUACCCCUUCAUCUUCAUCAUCCUCAAUAACCCCACCAAUUGAAGAAUCUGAAGAAGAGGAAAAACCAUUCAAAUGUGAAAGUUGCCCAAAGGCUUUUAGAAGAUCUGAACAUUUGAAAAGACACAUAAGAUCGGUCCAUUCAAAUGUUCGUCCAUUCCCUUGCAAGUUUUGUGAAAAGAAGUUUAGUAGAUCUGAUAAUUUGGCUCAACAUUUGAGGACUCAUAAUAAACAUUGAGGAUGGGUAUGUUUUAAAUUCUGGGUUUAGGAGGUGUGAGUGAUGGUUUUUUUUCAAUGAAAAAGAGUCUUUCCUAUUGGUUUUUUAUUGGUUUUUACGUUGGUUUAUCUCCCCAUUCAUUCUAUUGAAAUGAAUUAUCUUUUUUUUGUCAAUGAUCUGAUGUCUCUUUAUGGAUCCAAUAUCAUUCACUGGUUUGAAAUG